CAAUGUUUCCAUAAGGUCAAAUGUCUUAGUCUUUCUCCCCCACUUUUCUCCUAUAAAGCUAGGAAAAAGGUGUUGCUCUUGCCUCAAUAUCUGCCUUUUAUUCUGUGUCAUAAACUACCCUAAUUAGUAUUUAUGCAAUUUUCUUCCGUGAAUCCAAACGAGUUCCCACAUGCCUGAUUCCAAAGGUUCCUCCAUGGUGAACACAACCCAAAGUACCUCAACCUCACAACAUAGUACUUUCCUCAUGGUUCAGAACAUCCUUAGAAUCCUAGCCAUUGUGCUCUUAGCAGCUUCAAUUGCAGUCAUGGUCACCAACAACCAAACCGUUUCAAUCUUCUCUAUCCGGUUGGAAGCUCACUUCUAUUACUCAACAUCCCUCAAAUUUCUUGUUGCUGCAAAUGGAGUGGUCUGUAUCAUGUCUGUGCUGACAUUGAUGAUAGUGAACUAUCUGCUGAGACAACAAGCACCACAACAAAAAGUUUAUCAUUAUUUCUUCCUAUUUGUUCAUGAUAUGGUGAUGACACUGUUAUUGAUGGCUGGAUGUGCAGCUGCAACGGCAAUUGGAUACGUGGGACAAUAUGGAGAGCAGCAUAUGGGUUGGCUUCCAAUGUGUGACCAUGUGCGCAAGUUCUGCAAAACAAACUUGGUUUCAUUGUUGCUUUCUUAUUUGGCCUUCUUUGCCUAUUUAGGACUCACCAUUUUGACGGUGCACAGGUCCAUCUCAUUUUCUCCUAAGAAAAUUAAUCAGAUGGAUCAUCAUGAUGACCCACAGGCUUUAUAAGCCACAACCACUACAAAAGGUUGUGUUGUUAAUUUCCUGUUUAGUAUAGAUGUGUUGUUGCUGAAAUUUUAUGCUUGAAGUAUGGUGUACCAUUGCUACCAUUAGGGAAAAUGAAUUCAUAGAUCUUAAUGAUGCUUGAUUAUGACUCAGCCAUUAAUGAAAUGUUGAAUUACCAUUAUACAGUAAUUGUUUUCUGAACAA